CCUUCCUCAUUGCAAACCUACAAUACUCACUGUUUUCAUAAAUAUUAUACGUUAUUUCUCAAUUUGCUUGCUAAAUACGCAUCAUGUGUUUGUUGACUAUUGAACAAGCAGUUUUCGUAUUCACCUAAAGAUGAAAGUGGGCGUGGCUGAGUUGCUGAAGCUACUGGUAAACACAGCAGAAAAAGGAGCAAAUGUAGCCAGGAUUAUCAGAUCAGACGCUGAUUUAUUAAAUCUUCUGGUGGAAGAAAAAACAGGUGAUUCCAAAAACCAGCGAUUUGUCCAAGACUUCAAGACUCUUGCCGAUGUAUUGGUUCAAGAGAUUGUCAGACAUGACCUAACAGAGCAGAUUCCUGACAUUAAAAGCAGUAUCUAUGGCGAGGAAAGCAACACCUUUACUAAUGCUGUGGGAGAAACUAUCACCGUGGAGAUCCAAGCCACUAAACAACAAACUAUAGGUCUCCUCAAUCAAGUGUUGGAUGGAAAUGAGCAUGCAGCAGAUUUACUAGCAAAAGAGGCACAUGAGUCUGUUGUUGUGGACAUCGUAGGUGGACUAGUGAAGCUGGUCGGACUAGAAGUGGAUGUGGAUGAUAUAGGAGUGUGGAUUGAUCCAAUAGACUCAACGGCUCAGUAUAUUGGAGGUCUUCAUGGGACCAAAGAUGACAGUGGUAUGGCGUCAGAGGGCCUGCAGUGUGUGGUGGUUAUCGUCGGGGUUUAUGACAAACAUACAGGGUUACCCUUAGUAGGGGUCACAAACCAGCCCUUUUCUACCUAUGAUACUCAGUCUAAAAGGUGGAUUGGUGAAACCAUAUGGGGUGUUUGUGUUGGUGACACAAGAGUUAACUCCCUUACGAAAGCACCAAUGGAUAAGCCAAGAGAUAAACCUGUCAUUCUUAUGAGUACUAGUGAAAGUCAAGACAUCCAGAAAUCCUUCAUAGACGAUUGUUCCCUUCAUUAUGCCGCAGGUGCUGGAUACAAACUUCUCUGUGCAAUUCAGGGUCUUGCAGACUCUUACAUCCUGUCCAAGAGUAGUACGUACAAGUGGGAUGCUUGUGGACCUCAUGCAAUACUUUUGUCGCAAGGUGGUGGCUUGAUCAGCUUCAAGAGUCUACAGGACAAAGAUCUACAGGGUUCCGAUACUCUUGUCAGAGACCUGCAGAUUAGAUACAAUAAGUCUGACCAACCGGGGUCCUGUGGGGCAAAGCAGUGGUGUAACGAGGGAGGAAUCGUUGCAUAUACAUCUUUAGCCAUGUUAGAAACGAUCAAAAAAAUUAUAGGAUAGUUUCAGGGCUAACUUUUUCCUCGCAUCGGGAUGUCAUAUAUGUCGUGGGGGUAUAGCAUUUAGUCCAUAUGUAUGUGUAUUGUCCAUACAUAAUUUGUACAUACCAUGUAUGUUUGCUCUAUUGACUUCAAUGACAGAUUUUAAUCUGACUUCAUAUAUUGGUCAAGUAGGAAAAGUUGUUGUGUUCUAAGAUGUCAAGGUCACAGUCAAGGUCAUCGUUUCUAUAUAUGUAAAAUAUUUGUUAUCUCUCCAGAGAUUUUAUCACAAAACAAAGUUUGAUCAAACUCCUUAUAUAAGUGAAGUAUGAGAGUACCUUAAACAAAUUCCAGUUUCAGGGUGUCAGUGUCAAAGUCACCUUUUUUACUGUAAUCAAAAUACUGUAUACCGGAAAGUUUUCGCUGCAGUUUAAUAAUUUGUUUGCCCCCGUCCUUAGGGCAAAUUUAUCAU